AUGAAAAUGUAUGUUUUUGCCGCCAGCAUUGCCAUUGCCCCCUUAGCCUUUACGUUGGCGGUGAAAACUGGUCAUUUUGUUGAAUUUCCCAAGUCUCCAAACCUCCGAGACCGGGUCACGAAAUGGGUGCGAGACCAGUUGGUCCCGGGUGCCCGUGGUGCCCGUGGUGCCAGACCCACCUGCGUGGCCCAGUCAAGAUUCAACCAGAUCAUCUGUCGACGGUUGCGUGGUGGCCCGGUUGGGUUAAUGUUGAACGGCCAAAUGGCCGACAUCCCUUUUGCAUUGCCCCCACCGAGCUGGCUUUCUACAGCUUUGUCAUUCUCCUGCACUCAGCCUCCGGUAGGCUACGGCAGCGGGCAUCUGUUGACAUUGGGCCAGAUGUACCAAUUAAUGCUAAUGUCAAAACCAGUCGACAAUAACGCAGACCGGGUGCAUUUGAUUUUGGAAUGCGCUGCUGCCAUGCCCCCCGAACCUGGUUCGGCCACCAGAUGUUAG